CAUCGUUGGACAUAAUCUAUCAGCAGCUUUCUAGAAUUCCCAAUCUGCAAAACCAGGCUAUGAAAAUUGCCUGAAGGACCCUUUCAGCAUCUGUCCCAUCAUAAUACGAAAAGAAGGGCACCGUACAUUCCAAGACCCGCUGGAACCGAUCUCCUCUCUAAGGUUAAAUUCCAGUCUAACAGUACAAUGCUCAACCACAGUCAGGUCGAAAAGCCCGUCGCGGAUGACUUCAUGUACGACUUCAAAUAUAACCACUGUCUGCCCACGACCGAUGUCUUAGGCGUUACAAUUCCUGAUGACUGCGAUGCCCGGAAGGAAGCUGAGGCCAUCGUAGCCCGACUAUCUACAGCAAUGUCAGAGGGGGAUGCGCAGACUUUCGCCGGGCUAUUCCUCGAUUACGGCGUGUGGCGUGAUAAGCUCUCAUUCACCUGGGACUUCCGCACAUUCAACUUCAGAAAGGCAAUUUUGAAAGCCGCUUCCGACCUUUUGCCUCUAACCAAGGCUACAAACUUCAAUUUUCUGGAACCUGCGCCUUGGGUGUCUCGCCCAUACCCUGAUUUUUCUCAGCUGCAGUUUGUGGUAUCCUUCGACACUGAAAUUGUGCAUGCUUCGGCCGUUAUCAAUGCUGUCCUGGCUAAAGAUGGUUGGAAGAUCUACACCAUGCAUACUGUUGCCGAGAGUCUCAAGGAGUUCCCCGAACAGGCCGCACCAGAUGGACACAUGACCGGUAUCACUAGCUGGGAGAGUCAGAGAUCUGAGGCCAUCAACAUUGUUGAUCCUGAGGUACUGAUUAUUGGGGGUGGUCAAAAUGGCCUUGCUAUAGCAGCGCGCCUGAAAGCUCUUGGUAUGGAAAACUUGAUCAUCGAACGCAGCGACGAAGUCGGAGAUAUCUGGAAAAAGCGUUACGAGUAUCUUUCUCUGCACUUCCCACACUGGCCCGAUGCGUUACCAUACUUCAAAUACCCUCAGUAUUGGCCCACUUAUACCCCAGCUCAAAAGCAGGGUCUGUACAUGGAGUGGUAUGCCUCCGCUCUGGAGCUCAAUGUCUGGACCAAAUCGGAGGUUGUAAAGGCCGAGCAGGAUGCUGAUAAUCAGUGGACUGUGGUAAUUAACAAGGAGGGCAACGAGACUCGCAUACUGCACCCUAAACAAGUUAUUAUGGCCACGUCGCUAUGCGGUGUCCCUUUUACUCCUGCAGUGCCUGGUAUGGAUGAUUUUCAGGGAGUAAUCCGUCACUCCAGCGCCCAGAAGAGUGCGCGCGAAUUUAUCGGAAAGAAGGUCUGCGUUGUUGGUACCUCAUCCUCAGGCUUCGAUACAGCUUACGAGUGCGCCCGCCUAGGAAUUGAUGUAACUCUUCUCCAGCGGUCGCCGACUUACGUCAUGUCUUUGACCCAUUCGGUUCCACGAAUGCUUAAAGAUUAUGCGCCGGACAAGAAUGGUAACCUCCCGGAUACCGAAACACAAGACCGUAUUAUGUUCUCGACGCCAGUUGGACCCGGCGAGGAAUUGGCCAGGCGCACUGCUAAAGUCCUUGAGGAACUCGACUUGCCUCUGCUUGAAGCUCUUAAUGCCCGAGGCCUGCGAACAUGGCGCGGCCAGCGCGAUACUGGCAACUUCACGUUGGGCCAAACCCGAAACGGUGGGUUCUACUUCGAUGCCGGUGCCUGCGAAGAGAUUAUCAACGGCAACAUCACAGUGGAGCCAGGCUUUAUUGAAAAGUUUACAAAAGAUAAGGUGAUCUUGAACGGUGGUCGUGAGAAGGAGUUUGACUUAGUUGUGUUUGCCACCGGAUUUUCAAACAUGCUUGACUCUAUUCGAGCUACUCUUGGUGAGAACGCUGCCAGCCGAUGUGGAUCUAUUUGGGGAAUCGACGAGGAAGGCGAGUACAAGGCUGCAUACCGGGAGACGGGGUUGCCCAACCUGUGGAUUAUGGUUGGCUCCCUUCCAAUGACCCGUUAUGCCUCUAAACUGUUGGCUCUACGACUGAAAGCUCUAAGGGAAGGCAUUUCUCUGCCCCCGUACAAAGUCUAAAUCUCAUACCUGAAAUAGAUUGAUGGUUCGCGUUCAAAUAAUUGUGUUGUACAACGAUCGGGAUUUGGUUUCAUCCACCUGAUGAGUUUUGUAACUAGGUACCUAGUAUGAGAAACAGUGGGACCACUGUCGGAUGCUGUGAGUUUAAUCAAGGAGGUACAUCGCACGGUCAUCUGCGC